GGUGGGUUUUGUAUCCAACAAUUCCACCGUACCGCCACUCCCACUCCACAUAGUGAAUCUCUCACCCUUGUUGCUCCUUAUUCUGCGUAAUUGAUUCACUCUGGUGUGUUCUAGUAAUGGAGAACCUGUUGGGUCUUUUACGGAUUCACAUUCAAAGAGGAGUCGAUCUGGCCGUAAGAGACAUGACCAGCAGUGACCCUUACAUCAUCGUCAAAAUGGGCAAGCAGAAGUUGAAAACUCGCGUUGUAAAGCGUAAUGUGAACCCUGAGUGGAACGAAAAAUUGACUCUAACCGUUUCAGACCCAAAUAUUCCAGUCAAGCUCUUUGUGUAUGACAAAGAUACUUUCACUUUUGAUGACAAAAUGGGAGAUGCAGAGUUUGAGAUUGCUACAUUUGUUAAAGUAUUGCAGAUGCGCUUGGAAGGUCUCCCAGAGGGAACCAUAAUUGCUAGAGUUCAACCAACUAGGCAAAACUGCCUUGCAGAAGAGAGCUGUAUUAUCUGGUCCAACGGCAAAGUUGUGCAAAACAUGGUUCUUAGACUCAGAAAUGUCGAGCGUGGUGAAGUAGAACUCCAAUUGCAGUGGAUUCAUGUUCCUAAGGGUCUCUAAAUUAGCUCUAUCUAAUUUCACUCUGUAUAGCUUCUCUCCCAUUUUGAUUUGUGGUUUAUAGAUGUCAGAUCAAAGUGAGAGUUAGUUUAGAUUGCAUCAAUUGUACUGAAAUAAUGAAAAUUUUCGAUUGACUGC